AUGACCGAGGAGCCAAGCACGUUUCCUAGCAUCACAACAGACAUUCAUGAACCAAAUGACAAUGUAUUGCAGAGAGCCGAAAAGACCCCGUCUCCAACAAAACCGAAUAGUCUAGGAUUGCAGCUCAAUUCCACAAGUUCUCUCGGCUCAAAGAGGAGCCCACGCCAGUUCAAAGUACAAAGUGCUUUUGAAACGUCUAGCGUCGGCGAUAAGGACAAGGAAAAUCAAAACUCACAAGGUCCAACUGCUCAGCCGGUGCGGAAAACACCAUUGCCCAAGUCAAAAGGGUUGAACAUCUUUGCUGUGUCGUCAAGUGUUUCACAGGGCUCUGAGACCCCGCUUGCAAACUCAAGCGAUUACUCGAGAGGCACUGGCUCGACACAGCUGCACCACCGCAAAAGAUCGUCAACUUUACUCCUGCAGCUGCCCUUGCCCUUGCCCCUAUUAUCCGAAGCAAGCGACUCGGAGCUGUACCAGGAACCUCCACUGAGCGCCCACAACAAGAGAUACUGCGACUUCAAGUAUGAUAUACCGAUGCCGCUGCAGAAGGAGUUGUUGAAUAUGAACAUUGACGAACAAUUACGCGUCUUGGCACUAAAGGAAAUGUGCCUCGUGGAAAUCAAGGACCAGAUCCAAAAUUUGAACACCAAAUUGAGCAGCCACGAAGGUGAAUUGCACCACUUGAGGGAGAUUAUCCAAAAAUCCUUGUACCAGGAGAUUGGUGGCGCAGCAAGCAAUUCGUCUGCGGGGACAACCUUCCUGAGAGAGAGGACCGAUAGCAAUCCACAUGACCAAGCAAUCGAGAGCUUAAAAGCAAAGAGGAGAUCACUGUCGAUAAAUGCUCAGGACGUUGAGCACUUGCAAGAGCCCGCACCCCAACCAAACUCUGAACAACGAACAUCGAAAUUCUGGGGAGGAUUAUCAAAGCCUUUCAACAUGCUCCAGCAGUUGGACAAUCUUAUCCAAAACGAGUUUGAAAAAUCGUUGGUUUUGGACAAUAAAGUACGCGAUCACAACAGGGACAGCACCGCUAGCUAUAAGCCUCGUAAUUCCGAGGACUCCGUGAAUAGCAUUGGAUCGAUAUCAUCGCCCCUUCAUUCAAAAUCGUCAAAUACACACCGCGAGAAUAGACACGAGAGGCAAGAGAGACACGACAAAAAAUCCGAGGAUAUGCUACAGUCUGUCUCGUCUUCGAUCUGGUCGUUCGUCAACGAGGUCAAAACCAACGUGCUAUCUUCUCUAAACGAAGACGAGAUAGAUGCAGCCAACUACCGCAACUCAAAACAACUGCAUACACCCAACAAAAACGGCACCGCUGGCGGGUUGCCGAAUACCCAAGCUAAACAACCUCCCGAGCUGCAAACAAACGGGGAUAACGAGUUGUUGAUAAACUUUAACGACGAAGGAAAUGAUCAACUAGUUGACAUGGGUGACGAACGGAGCAAAUAA